CUACCUACAACAAGCACACCAAGGUGGCGGUGAAGACGAUGAAGCCGGGCAGCAUGUCUGUGGACGCCUUCCUGGAGGAGGCGAACCUCAUGAAGACCCUGCAGCACGACAAGCUGGUGAAGCUGCACGCCGUCGUCACCAAGGAGGAGCCCAUCUACAUCGUCACCGAGUUCAUGGAGAAAGGGAGCUUGCUGGAUUUCCUGAAGAGCGAGGAGGGGAACAAGCAGCCGCUCCCGAAGCUGAUCGACUUCUCUGCCCAGAUCGCAGAAGGGAUGGCGUUUAUCGAGAAGAGGAACUACAUCCACCGAGACCUGAGGGCUGCCAAUAUCCUGGUGUCGGCACUACUGGUGUGCAAGAUCGCAGACUUUGGACUGGCCAGAGUCAUCGAAGACAAUGAGUACACGGCCCGGGAAGGCGCCAAGUUUCCCAUUAAAUGGACUGCACCAGAAGCCAUCAACUAUGGAUCUUUCACUAUAAAAUCAGAUGUCUGGUCCUUUGGGAUCCUCCUGACCGAGAUCAUUACCUACGGGCGCAUCCCUUACCCAGGGAUGUCGAGUGUGGAGGUGAUCAGAGCCCUGGAGCACGGCUACCGCAUGCCUCGCACACAGAACUGCCCCGUGGAGCUGUACGAUGUUAUGCUGAGAUGCUGGAAGACCAAACCCGAGGAUCGUCCCACCUUCGAGUACACGCAGAGCAUUUUGGAGGAUUUCUUCACUGCAACAGAGAGCCAGUACCAGCAGCAGCCCUAA